AUGAAGAACCUCGUUGGCGUCACGCUGACUGGCUUUGUUGCCACAGCGGCAGCAACUGCGACUUCCACCUCUUCCGCAGCUUCUGGCCCGACUGGAUCUACAUAUGCCUCUGGGUUUGACAUGACCAGGAGCUGGGCCAACCUUAGCCCCUACAGAGAUGCAGAUGGCUUCAGUGUUCCCAAGGGUGUGCCGGAAGGGUGUGAACUGUCCCAGGUGCAUGUUUUGCAUCGCCAUGCCCAGAGGUUCCCUACAAGCUACCCGUUGGAUGGUGAGGGCAUGGAGGAUUUCGCUGCCAAGGUCACCAAUUAUACCAAGGCCCACCCUGGAUGGGCCGUCGGUACUGGGCCCCUCAAAUUCCUCCAAAACUGGGAAUAUGUCAUUGGAGAUGACACCUUGAUGGAGAGUGGUGCAGCGACCGAAGCUACAUCCGGGGCCAGCUUCUGGAUCAACUAUGGCCGACUAUUGUACCGCGCUGGUCGGGAGAACGUCGCGGCGUGGAGCCAGACUUUGAAUGUUUACUCUAACGGCACUUCUCGCCCGACACCAGUCUUCCGUACUACUUCGCAGGCGCGUAUCCUGGAGAGCGCUAGAUGGUGGCUAAGUGGCUUCUUUGGGAAUAGCGGCGCCAACAGCUCCUACAGUCAAUACGAUCUGGUCGUCAUUCCUGAGGAAGAUGGAUUCAACAACACCUUGGCUUCAUAUGAAGCUUGCACUGGUGAUAUGAGUGAAGGAGACGAUGCUGCCGAAAUUUUCAUCGCGCGAUACACUAGAGACGCUCGCUCACGUCUCGCGGCCUACUUUCCUCAUGACUUCAACGUGACUGCUUCCGACGUGCUCGCCAUGCAGAAUACGUGCGUUUAUGAGUACACAAGUCUCGGUGGCUCAUCAUUCUGCUCCCUCUUCACGGAGCAGGAGUGGAAAGACUUUGCAUACAACGUUGACAUCCAGUACUACGGAGACUACGCCUACGGCUCACCUUCCGGUCGUGCCCAGGGCAUUGGCUAUGUCCUAGAACUCGCAGCCCGCCUCCAGCGAAAGCUCAUCACUUCCAGCGACACUAGCAUCAACUACACUUACGACAACAACCUGGCCCAGUUCCCCUUUGACCAGCCUUUUUACAUGGACAUGUCUCAUGACGAUAUCAUUCUUUCUGUUGUCAAUGCUCUGGGUCUUGACUACUUCAAGUUUGGCCCCCAUGGUCUACCGGCCGACGUGGACCAUGCGCCCAAGCGAAACUUCUCUCUGACUCAAAUGACUCCAUUCGGUGCCCGCUUUAUGUCUGAAAUUUGGACCUGUCCAAGCAACACAUCUUUCGAAGACUUGGGUCCUGUCCUCCUGACAAACCCUACUGUUCAGUCAGGCAAUAAUGCCACCCGCUAUAUUCGGUUCGUGUUGAACAAUGCCCCUCUGCCCUUGAAUGGGCUUGUUGGAUGUGAAAAUGCUACCCACGGCUUCUGCCCAGUGGAUAAUUUCCUACGUGGAGUGCCUACACUGAAGAAGAAUGCCGAGUACCAGUACUCAUGCUUCGGAAACUACACUACUGGUCACCAGGUCGCUGAUGGCGUUCCUGAUUCUUAA